AUGGUUUCACUCGUGGUUUGGCAAUUCCCUAGCUUGUCUCCUAAGGUUCACAGCCGGGGGACGGGUAGGGUUGGUUUGGAGGUUGUGGUUAGGGUGGGUGGGGGUGCGGAGCGCGUAGGAUUUUGGGUUAAGAUCUUGGUUGAGGUGCCCGGGGCUGUGAAUCUUGAAUUAGGAGACAAGGGCGUUGCCAGUACUUCACUCGUUAGCUACGCCGCGGAGCUCAGGUGGAAAUGGUUGAAGAAGGCCUCGCUUUCAACUGACAACCUGGACGAUCUCCUGCUUUGCAUCUUAAGGAAACGGUCGGAGGAUGGUCAGUCAAGCUGGCAUGGAACGUUUGCUGUGGCCCGCGCGUCCGUGCUCCUUGGAUUGCCGAAGACCUUUCAGUUCUUGGUUGAAAUAGGAAAAGCAGACCAGUCCAUGCACGAAGGAGUCCUGGUAGCAGACAUGCUGGCGCUCAACAGACUGGACAUGUUGCAACAUGUACAGCAAAAGAUUGGAAUCAAGGAGUCUGUCAGCUACCAACGGUCUGAAAAUCAGAAAGAUGGGGAUUCAAAGAGCGUAGGAGCUUCGAAGCCCUGGGUUGGAGAAGAAUGGUGGCAAGACAUGAAGAAACUCGCUCUCUGGUGGCUCCAAACUCCUGUCCAAGAGCUGAGAACACUUCUAGCGGCUGGCGCUCUAGCGGAGAGUUUCUCAAGUCUGAGCUUAGCAACGCAGGAAGAAUCAGAAGAGGUUUCAGACUGGGAGAUGGAAUCAGCAUCGUCUGAGUCAGACUCUGAAGAAGAGGGGAGUGAUUCGGAAGAGCAUCCCGGCGAAACCAGCGCAAGAACAGGGAGGGAGCAUAUGCUGGACAGCUACGAAAGCCUGAUGCGCUUCACAAGGGAGAUCAUGAGCGCAAGCAACGAGUUCCCUGCGCUUCUUGUGAUCGGGAACCGUAUGCUCAUCCCUGCUGGUGGAAGCCCUGCGAUCAAUGAGCUGGCCAUGGCAAGGUUAGCAGACGCAAUCGUCUCCGCUUGCAAGGCCGGACUUCCCGGAACCCUGGUCAAGGAGCUGCUGACGUCACUGCCGCUGGAUGGGGAUCCUGAGAUGGCGGAGUCAUGGAUGCGUGUCCUGGUUGACACGAUCGGGACGGCGGUUCUGGAAGAUGGUUUGGACGCUCGGACGCUGGAGGCGCUCGAAGAUGGUUUGAAGCGCGCGGAGUACGCCACGUGUCUACGAUGGUUCCGAUUUUGUCGCACGCUGGACUUGACGAACGUUCCAGAGCGCUUUGUGAUCGGUUUAUCACAUCUUGUGCCAAGCUUUGUGGAACAGGCCGAAGAGAGCAAGAUCGCUGAGUCAGCGUGCAACUUUCACGCGGUGGUCGGACUAGAGGUGCUCGGGACCGCGCUUCCGCUAUACCCGUGUCUGCCGGCGAUCCUGAACAGCGGAAUGUGGCUUGGGGCGGCCCCACACGAUGAGAAGGUUCACGUUUAUUUCUACGAGCUAGCCGCGAGAGAAGUUCGUGCCGGCCUUGUGACGUUGCUAGGUGUGCAAGAGGAAGGUUAA